AUGUCAAAUAGAAUAGUUACUCGGAAAUUUGCAAAAGAAAAUAAUAUAGAUAUCAAUCUGGAUCCUUCCGGAGAAAAUCCAGAUUCAUCCACUGAAAAACAAAAAAAUCCUUAUCGUCCUAGUGGAAGACGUUCUCUCAAAGAUACCUCGAUUUCACUUAAUUAUUCAAAUUUUGUUCAAAAUAAUAAUUUACAUAGUACUAACCAACUAACUAAUGAAAGUAUUGAAGAAAAUCCUAUUGAAAAUAAUUCUGAAUCUGGUCAUCAUUCUAAUAUUGAAAAUUCUACUGAAUCGUUUGAAAAAUUACCCUCAAAUUCAGAGGAAAAUAAAGAAGUAAAUACACAUGACAAUCAAACAAAUGAUUCUGCACAACAUUCUGAAGUUAAUUCUACAAAUGAACACCCACACAAUGCACUUUUAAAUGAUGAGCGUAUCUUGAAUAAUAACAAUAACCAUAACAAUAACAAUAUUAAUCAAAUCAAUAACGAACAACCGGUAGCAAUGGCUCUGUCAGCAAAUCAAUCUAUUUCUUUACGUGACGCGUUGGAAUUUGUACCCGAAUAUGAUGGUGAAAAUAUGACACUUACAGAAUUUAUAACUGCUUGUAAUGAAGCUUUUAAUUCUUUACCGGAAGAUGCUGAACUUAAUUUGGUUAAAUUAUUGCGAAAAAAAUUAAAAGGCGAUUUAAGAAAAUCUAUAAACUGUGCAACAGUAAAUACAAAACAAGAAUUUUAUGACUUCUUAAGGGGAAAAGCAGCCCCAAAUAAAACAGAAAUGCAAUUAUUGGGUGAAUUGGGUCGCGUUUAUCAAAAAGACAGGGAAUCUGUUUUAAAAUAUUCUAAUCGAAUUUGUGAUAUUGCAGCACAAUUAGUUGAAGUACACAAAAAAACACAUACACAAGUAGAAAACGAUGCUUAUAUACUACAAGUUGAGCGAAGAGCCGUAGAAAGUUUUUUAAAUGGUCUUAAUCCUGAAAUCGAAAGUAAAAUUCGAACCUUAAAUAAUAAUUUUCAAAAUACACUUAAUGAAGCUAUUAAAAUCGAACAAAAAAUUAAAUUUCGAAAAGAAUUAAGUGAAUUUGAAAAUAUAAAACGAAGGGGAAUUGAAAAACCCGUGUUUCUUUGCGAUGAAGUCAAUCGCGAACACAAUAAUUCUCAAAAACCACAUCAAUCUAAUUACCAACAAAAACAAGAUUUUUACUCUCAAAAUAAACAAUUUGAUAAUAAUAAAAAUUUUAAUCAACAAUCAAACUUAAGACAAACUGUAAUUUGUCAAUUUUGCGAUAAAGCAGGCCAUACUGCUGAUAAAUGUUUUAAAUUAUUAAAUUCUAGAGAAAGUCAAAAUGUUGAAAGAUGUCAAAUUUGUAAUAGAUCUGGUCACAUUGCUAAAAUUUGUAGAUUCAAACACGAAUUUUUAAAUAACAAUUCUAAAAACUUUAAUAAAUGUUUAACUUGUGGUAGUCAUGAACAUUCAAGUAAUAAUUGUCCUAAACAAAUUAUUAGUUGCGAUUAUUGUAAAAAAAUAGGUCACAAAAUUAGAGAUUGUUGGAAGAAAAUAAAUGAUGAAGAAAAACAAAUAAGAGAAAAUCAUCCUUCAACCUCUAAUUCACAUUUUGGAUAUAGCGUAAAUCCUAAUGUCGGACGAAUUUCAGUAAUGAUAGACACAGGUAGCGGUCCUAAUAUUUUAAAAGAAAGUUUUUGUCCAAAAGGGGCAAUUCUAGAUAAAACUAAAACUAUAAAAUUACUUGGAAUUAACGAAAUUCCAGUUGAAGCAUUGGGUGAAGUUGAAUUAGAUUUUCUUGAUUUAGAAAUUAAAUUUUUAAUAGUUCCUGACGAUUUUCCAAUCGAGCAAUCGGGAAUAUUGGGUUCGAAUUUCUUUGACGAAGCGAAAGUCCAAAUUUGCUAUAAAGAUCGCAUAAAAUUUAUCCUGUAA